UCGAUAGUUGUCAGCACUGAUUGUUCGGCGUGUUUUGUUUUUCUGCGUAAAAGCAAAACACAACAUAAACGCAACGGGUAGAAUUCACAGGAUUAUCCACAGUUUUGGAUAUUUUCACCGGAAUAGGGCAAGGACCUUCUUAGCCAUGAGCGACUCCGAGAAAAAGACGGAAGAACACCCGACGACGAGCUCGAAUUCCUCAUCCAGUGACGAAGAGGAUGCCCCAGACGCCACAAUGGAUAUGAUUCGACGCUUCUUUGCAAACACUCUUAGUCUGGGUGGCUCCACGGACGCAAAGGCAGACAUUAAAGUGGAGAAGGUUAUUUCAGAUUUGACUUUUGACGGCUUUGCCGAACAUUGGCGUGAGCAUGGAUUCCGCAAUAUUGUGACCAUGGUGGGAGCCGGCAUUUCAACAUCUGCUGGCAUUCCGGACUUCAGAUCCCCAGGUUCCGGGCUGUACAGCAAUCUGAAAAAAUACAAGCUGCCACAUCCCACGGCCAUAUUCGAUCUGGACUACUUCGAAAAGAAUCCGGCGCCGUUCUUUGCACUGGCCAAGGAACUCUACCCUGGAUCCUUUAUUCCCACGCCGGCCCACUACUUUGUCCGUUUGCUGAACGACAAGGGACUGCUUCAGCGCCACUAUACCCAGAACAUAGACACGUUAGACCGGCUUACAGGUCUACCCGAGGACAAGAUCAUUGAGGCCCAUGGCAGCUUUCACACCAACCACUGCAUUAAGUGCCGCAGGGAGUACGACAUGGCCUGGAUGAAGGCGGAGAUCUUUGCUGAUCGUCUGCCCAAAUGCAAAAAGUGCAAUGGAGUUGUUAAGCCAGACAUUGUUUUCUUUGGCGAAAACCUGCCGCAGAGAUUUUACACCAGUCCCGACGAGGACUUUCAGGAUUGCGAUCUACUGAUCAUCAUGGGCACCUCAUUGGAAGUGCAGCCGUUUGCUUCACUGGUGCAGAGACCAGGACGUCGUUGCCUUCGCCUGUUGAUCAAUCGCGAUGCAGUGGGUCAGGCCAGCUUUGUGCCCUUUAUGGAUCCUCAUGAGCGAUCGCUACUCUUCGACAGGCCUAAUAACACAAGGGAUGUGGCCUUUCUGGGUGACUGUGAUGCUGGAGUAAUGGCUCUGGCCAAAGCCUUGGGCUGGGAGGAAGAGCUGCAGCAGCUCAUUACUAGCGAAAGAAAGAAACUGAUCGGCAGCCAGAAUAGCGAGGAGCCGCAACCACACAAAGAGAAACCGCAUGCGGACCCGGAAGAGAAGGCUUCGGGCAGUCGGAACAAGAAGGAUGCUUCGCUUUAGACCCUGAGAUUAGUUGGUAACAUCCGUAGUUAAUUUGUAGUUGAAGUGUGCAAUUUGUUUACAUGUGGAUUACGUGUAUAAAACGGACAAUGCCAUGUGCAGGCAUUGCUGGCUAAUA